AUGAAAGAUAUUCCCAAAGAAGACCCUGAAGAAGUUGAGCGCAAGAAAAAACGACAAGAACGAUUUGGAGUUCAGUCAGAAAAAGAAAAAAAGGUUGAAAGAGCUCAAAGGUUUGGAUUGCAAAAUUCAGAGCUAGACAAGAUCAAAAAAUCUGAGCGCAAAAAAAGAUUUGGAGGCAUCACUGGGAAUACUGAAGAAGAAUCGAAGAAAAUUGAGGAAAGAGCAGCAAGAUUUGGGCUAUAUAACGAGAAUCAAGAACAUCAGAAGCAAAAAGAAAGAAAAGAAAGAUUUGGAGUUGUUGAUCCAGAAACAGAAAAAGAAAAGAAGAUGGCAAGACAAGAUAGAUUUGGUGCCAAAUAA